UGAUGUGGUCAGCUGAAGGUAAGGCUUCAGGGGCCAUUAGAUUCCUCUGCACAACUCAUGGCCAAAGUCAACAGCGGUUCGUCCGGUUGCAGGGCCAUGGUCAUCAUGGCUGACCAGUUUUGGACGAAACCGUCAGCCCUGAGUCAGCAGAGGAGCGGCCAUUAUCAGCGGAGAGUCCCGGUGAACCUGCGCCUGAGGUCAGCCAGUGCUGCGGGACACGGCAGCAAAACCCCGGCGUGCACCUUACAGGAGCUCCCCAACUACACCUCCCCGAGCGAGCUCAACCUCUGGUCCAACCGCACGCUGAUCUACAGAGAUGUCAAGGCUUUUCUCAAUCAAAUUGGAGGUGAUCCACGUGAGGCUCGGUACUGGUUAACACACUUUCAGCGGGCCGGUUUAUCUCCAGUGUUUGCGGUAUUGCAGGUUGACACGUCAGUGUUUGAUAGCCGUGAGAUGGUUCAGAGCCUGGCUUUUGGACUCUCCUUCCUGCAGCGAAUGGAUAUGAAGCUCGUGGUGGUGAUAGGAUUGCCUCCCGAGAUGGAAGAAGAGGACAGUGACAAAACUGGGACUAAUUCCUCCCUCGCCAGGACUGUGAUGGUGAAACAUUGCCAGGCUUUAACAGUAGCACUUCAGCACAACUCAGCCAAUGUGAUGCCCUUCUUUAGUUCAGAGGCCCUCUUACAACUGCGGGACCCUCAGGAUGAGAGCAGCAGUGGUCCCUCAGUUGUUGUGGACUCAGCUCUUCUGCAGUGGACUCUGGACUGUAGAGUCAUUCCGCUGGUCUGUCCAGUGGGCCGCGAUGCAGGUGGUCGUUCUUCUGUUCUCAACUCGAUCCAGGUGACGGCAGCCGUCUCGCUGUCACUGCAGCCUCAGAAAGUCAUAUUCCUGAACAGCUCAGGGGGCCUCCGUAACCAAAACCACAAGGUGUUGGGUUUAGUGUCACUGCCAGGAGAUUUGCCAGGCCUGAGUUGUGCGAAAUGGCUGAGUGAAGUGGAGAAAAGACGCAUCAGUACCAUUGUACAGCUGCUCAACCUGCUGCCAGCUGACAGCUCGGCCGUACUCACCUCAGCUGGCACGCUUCUCACUGAGCUCUUCAGCCAUAAAGGCUCAGGCACCCUGUUUAAAAAUGGAGAUCCCAUCCACAGAUACAACAGCCUAGAUGACAUUGACAUUGGCCGUCUCUUGGCACUGAUAAACAUGUCUUUCGAGAGGAACCUGAGAGAGGAUUACAUAGCAUCUCUCAAGGGCAGACUGCAUUCUAUUUACCUGUCUGAAGGGUACAGUGCGGCUGCUAUAAUCACCACAGAGCCUGUGAACAGCGGCACUCCGUACCUGGACAAAUUUGUGGUCAGCAGCAGUAAACAAGGUCAAGGAACUGGCCAGAUCUUGUGGGAGUGUAUUCGUCAGGACUUGGGCAAGCUCUUCUGGAGAUCCCGCGCCACUAACCGCAUCAAUCCCUGGUAUUUCAAGCACUGUGAUGGCAGUUUUGUAAAUGGUCACUGGAUUGUAUUCUGGCUUGGCCUUACAGACAUCCGUGAGUCUUACGAGCUGGUGGGGUACGCCAAGUGCCUUCCUGACUCUUUCUGCUCUCACACCGCAACAGAAGUGAAACCCCUUCAGCAACCCCAAGGGUCAUAAAACCAUACUCCUCCCAUGCCCUGCGAGGUCACUGCAUCUUCACAUAUGACAUAUCUUCACAUUUUCUUGGAGUAUUGGUUGAGUAGCUUAAAGGAACAAAUCGAAUGUCUUCCCAAACCCAUAAGACAUCUUUUCUUGAGCACAAAAGGAGUUUUGAAACUGAUCAUCUACUCCUGGCCCCCCAUCACUUUC